CAGACCUACCUCACUCAGGUGGUAAACAAGGGAAGGUUUCAGAAAGUGGGGGACACGCUGACUGUCCAAGCAGGUGAUACAUUAGAGCUGAGGUGUAAAGGAAAUCCUGUCCAGUGGGCUGUUCCUGCAUAUCUAGAAGAGGAUGAUGAAGGACGACUCAGGACAGUUCAGCAUGAACGUUAUGGUACACUGAUUUUGGCAAACGCAACAGCGGCAGAUACAGGGGAGUUCACCUGCUAUCCCAUGUACUGUGAGGAUAAAGACUGCAGAAAACAGUAUGAUAAAGGAGUCAAAGUCUUCAUCUUUUUCUCAGACCCUCAGGAGUUGUUUGUACCUUCUGUUGACUAUUACAAGGUCAUUCAGCUUCGCACUAACUGGCCCACCGUCCUGCCCUGUCAGGUGACGUCUCCGCAAGCAAAGGUGACUUUACACCGGGAAUUUCCUCCAUUGGAGGUGAAGGUGGAUGGACUAGAAAUCUCCUUUGACGUCAAGAAGGGUUUCACCAUCCACAGACCGAAGCAGUAUCAUGCUGGAUCUCUGCACUGUGUGGCAAGCCUGGGGAACCUUCGCCAGAGCUCAACCACAUACAUGCUCAUCUAUGUCAACUAUCCAGCCGCCCCUCCGUUCCCUGCGAUCCAGACCUCCUUUGACACUGUGGCAGUGGGAAAGAAUCUUCAGGUGACAUGCACUGUGAUAGGAGAGCAGGACGUGGUGGUGGACUUUACCUGGGAAUAUCCUGGACAAAAGAUUGGGCGCCCGCUGUACACCCAGGACAGUGUGCAGACAGUGCAAGUGGACGGGCAGAACCGACACCGAACUCAGAUAAUACUGCUGGUGGAUGAGGUCAGAGAGGUUGACCAAGGAACAUACACCUGCACAGCUCAAAACCUAGAGGGUUCAAGGUCUGCAUCAACCACUGUCAAAGUGCAGUCAGCACGGACCACCACCAAGCCUAAGAAGCCAUGAUGAAGUCCUUUAGAGAAAUCCUAUAGAAACCUGAAAACCUGGAUCAUGCCAGUCAGAUAUUCUUAGCUAUAACAUGCUAAAUGACUGUACAAUAACCAGAACGAUCCUCACAGAACACUAUUUUUUCCCCUUUUGAGAAGACACAAGUCAGGUGGAACAGAGCAAAGUGUAAAUAG